AUGUCGUCCACCAGCAACGCCUCCAUUGACAAGUUCAACGGAGACAAUUACGCAACGUGGAGCCGGUACAUGCGCGGUGUGUUUUUGACGAAGUCCGUCUGGCACGUUGUCAACCGUGAAGUGACUCCGACUUUCACCGACCCGCGAGCGUCCGAUGACUACGUCAAGGCAAGCAACGUCGCGUUUGGUAUGAUGCUGCUGCACAUGAACGCGGACUACCAUCAUGUGCUGGACAACUGCGAGGAAGCCUGGGUUGCGUGGACAAGUCUGAAGACGCUGUACGGUGGGUCGCAGAAGGCAGGACGCAUCUACCUCAAGCGACAACUUUUCAGUAUCAAGAUGGCUGAAGGCGCGAACGUCAUGCAUCACUGCAACGAGGUCCUCAACAUCUCCGCCAAGCUUAGCGGCAUCGGUGCGAAGAUGGAAGACGAAGACGUUGCAAUUUGUCUGCUACUCAGUCUUCCGAAGAGCUACGAAAAUGUGGUGCUCAACAUGGAAAUGAGCAGCACCGAGCUUCGCACUCAAGAUGUGGUGAAGGUACUGACGAAUGAGCACGCCAAGCGUCAAGGGGAAAAGGGGACGACAACAGCGACUACGGUGAAGGCUGAAGAUGCAACCAAGGCAUUCAGCACCGAGCCAGAAGAAGGAAGGUCGAGGAGCCCGACGCGGCGGCAAUGGUCGUGGACGCGGGGCUAA